AUGGAAAGUGCAGAAAUAGUUCGUCUGGGUUUACGAAUUGGAACCGGAAAGGAGCAAAAAGGAGAGGUCAAAACUGCCAUGAAAAAAUCCACAGUGGGGCGUCCGAGGAAAGGGUGCACGAGAGGCAAAGGCGGCCCUGAUAAUGCCUUGUGCACUUACAGAGGCGUAAGGCAGAGGACAUGGGGCAAAUGGGUUGCCGAAAUCCGGGAGAAGAAUCGCGGCCCCAGGGUCUGGCUCGGCACCUUCAAUACUUCACUGGAGGCGGCGCAUGCUUAUGACGAUGCAGCCAAAAGGUUGUAUGGAAAUUGCGCCAAACUCAAUUUGCCUGACGAUCAUGGGCACCAGUUUUCUUCACCUUCGGCAAGUAACUUAACUCCCAGUGACUUUUCUGUGCCGGAUUAUUAUGAAAAUGAAAAUUCAGUGCUGGAUGAAGCUUGCAUAUUUAGAGAUAUUAAUGGAGAGUAUACCCCGUGGGAUACUCCGGCGCCAACCCUGCUUGAUGAGAAACAGAAUCUGAAUUGGCCGGAAUUUCAUGUGGAGAACGAUUUUCACUAUUCUCGUGGUGAAGAUUUCAACACUACUUGGGAUCAAAGUUACAUGGAACUUCUAAAUCUUGAAUACAGUAGCAAUUUCGAACAAUACUGCUAG